AUGCCCGGCCGCCUCCUCCCCAGUUUUGUUCGCCCCUCCAUCCACUCCCACUACUCGUCGCAUUCCAAUUCCUCCUCGACUUCCUCCGUCAAUGAAAUGCCCCAUGCUCCCGCUCAUCCCAAGAAGAGCUCUGGCAAUGUCCAAGUGGACAGAGAACGGUCUCCAGAACGACGUCUGUCGUCGGCCGUCGAACACCUGAUUCACCGCGAUCACCACAAGGACAAGCGUCGCAUUCGUGGUCGCUCGUCCCACUCGAAGGAGCGCUCCGGCCACGAUGAGAGUGUGGGCGCUGCAGCCACUCUGGAUGUCAUUGUCGAAUCGCCACCCCUCGUCUGCUUUGGAACCCCCGCCAACUCGUCCGGUGCCCUGUUCUCGGGCCGCCUGAAGAUCACCGUUGCGGAUUCGGCUAAUAUGAUCACUGUGGACAAGUUUGACAUGCGCCUGAUGACCAAAGUGACGACGAAGAAGCCCGUCUCCCGCGAAUGCCCCAACUGCUCCUCUCGCACGGAAGAAUUGACCAACUGGAAUUUCUUGACCGAGCCUCUUCAGCUCCGCAGUGGCCCUCACGAGUUCCCUUUUAGCUACUUGUUCCCUGGUCACCUCCCGGCCUCCUGCAAUGGCUCCCUAGGCCAGAUCGAAUACUUCCUCUCUGCCCGCGCCCACAACGUCAACGGAGAAGAGUACACCUUCAAGAUGCCGGUGCACAUCAAGCGCUCGAUCCUUCCCGGCAACGACAAGUCCUCCAUUCGGAUUUUCCCUCCAACCAACCUCACCGGCCGCAUUGUGCUCCCCUCCGUGGUGCACCCCAUCGGUACUUUCCCUGUCAAGAUGACGCUGAGCGGAGUCGUCGACAAGGGCGAGGAAACUCAAACCCGCUGGCGUCUGCGCAAGAUGAUGUGGCGAAUUGAGGAGCACCAGAAGAUCGUCUCUCAGGCCUGCGCCAAGCACGCACAUAAGAUUGGUGGUGAGGGCAAGGGUGUUCUUCACCAGGAGACUCGCAUCAUUGGCCACAACGAAGAAAAGGAGGGCUGGAAGACCGACUUUGAUACUGCCGGCGGCGAGAUCAGCAUGGAGUUCGAAGCGAGCAUCAACCCUCUCAGCAACCCCGUGUGUGACCUCGAGGCUGCUGGUGGUCUCGAGGCCAAACACAACCUCGUCAUCGAGCUCAUCGUCGCAGAAGAAUUCUGCCCCAACCGCAACACUCGACUCAUUACCCCCACCGGAGCGGCCCGCGUGCUGCGCAUGCAGUUCCACCUGCACGUCACCGAGCGGAGCGGACUCGGCAUCAGCUGGGACGAGGAGAUGCCUCCCGUGUAUGAAGAUGUCCCCGCCAGCCCUCCUGGAUACACCAUGCUGGACGGUGCCAGCACGAUGGAGGAUUAUCGCGGCUCUCCCCUUGCCCUUCCCGAGUAUGAGGAACUGGAGCGCAUGGAGUCUCUUCGACUGGACAGCGACUCCACGCACUCGUCUCAACGCGGACGGUCUCGACUCACCACUGACGAUCUGACUGCUGAGCCGGUGGAGCUCGGAAGUCACAACCGUGCUUCGUCUGCCGACUCUCAAAGAUCCGAAUAA